CAGGAAACAUCCAUGGAUUCCUGCCGCUCUUGCCAAGGCCGGAGCCAUCUCCGAUAUUCCCUUCACCACUAAGAUACAAGACAAUUCCGUCCCGAUCAUCAAGUCUUGCUUCGACGAACGCAAUGCAUUAAGCACCUGGGGCCUUGCUGGCCCUCCUCUCACUGGCUAGCUGCAGAUGGUGCCGCAAUGUAGGCAUACGUCUGUAAUAAAUGUAAUGCUUUUGCACGAUGGAGGAUGCCACUGACCCGAGUUCGAAGUCCACAACUCGGCCCAUCAUAAUACAAAAAUCUGCGGGGCUCCUGGCCGGUACCAAAAUGCCACGUUUGAUACUGGCUCUAUGCGCUAUGCUGUCGCUGUUUGCCUACAAACUCUGGCUAAAACGCAAGAAAGAAAAGAUUCGCCAGCGUUUUUCAAGAGACAAUGGCUGUCAGCCUCUCCGAGAUUGGGAUUCGCAUUGGCCCCUGGGCCUUGACCUCUUACUUAAAGCCUUUCGAUACGCUCGCUCACAUCAAAUCCUUCAGUUCUUCCUCUCCGUAUUGAAGAAAUCUGGAACUACAUGUCAGCAGAGUUUGCUGGGAGCGACUGGCGUUUUGACCAUAGAUCCAGAGAAUAUUGAGGCUAUUCUUUCUACAAAGUUUGAGGAUUUCGGUAUGGGACUGCGAGCACCGACGUUCUACCCACUGCUUGGUUCCGGUAUUUUCACCCAGGACGGUGUAGAGUGGCAGCAUUCGCGAAACCUAUUGCGGCCGCAGUUUAUGAACAAUCGCUUCCAGAACUUCGAGCAUAUCAAGGAGUGUGUGGAAAAUCUGCUCAAACAUGUACCCGACUCAGGGGUGGUUGAUCUUCAACCUCUUUUUUUCCGCUUCACAUUCGACACCACCAUGUUCCUACUCUUCGGCAAGGCCAUCUCAUCAUUAGACUCAACGGAAAUCGCGAACAAAGAGUCAAGGUUCGCACAUGGUUUUGUCGUUGGCCAGGAUUAUCUUGCACAUCGCGGCCGCCUCGGUGAGUUCUACUGGGUGCUGAACGACCGGACAUUUCGCGAUGCGUGUAAAACAUGCCAUCAAUUCGUCGAUGAAGCAAUACAAUCUGCCAUUAAUGACGCCACUAGCAGCACCCAGUCAGAUGGAGCAGUAAAGUCCGAUAUUGAUGACCAUCGAGGUGUGAGCAAGAAAGAGUAUAUAUUCAUCCACGCACUUUUACGAGAAACACAGGACCGCAAGGCGCUACGUGACCAAUGCCUCAACAUCCUCCUGGCCGGGCGUGACACGACGGCCUGUUGUCUCAUAUGGACCUUUCGCCUGCUCGCUCGUCAUCCCAAUGUCCUUGCACGGUUGAGAGACGAGAUCAAAGCAAUAACAGGCUUAGGGCCCACCGCCGAAACACCGACACGGGCGCACAUCAAACGUAUACCCUAUCUCGACCUGGUUCUAAAAGAAGUACUGCGGUUAUACCCCUCUGUACCAGUCAACUCACGUACCGCCCAGUGUGAUACCGUCCUACCAGUUGGAGGUGGCCACGACGGGAGGGGUCCAAUUCUUGUACGUGAGGGGGAAGCAGUGGGAUAUUGCGUGUAUGCCAUGCAUAGAAGGAGAGAUAUUUACGGCCCGGAUGCAGAUGAGUUUCGACCCGAGAGAUGGGAGGGACAUGAGUUAAGCGAAGUUGGUUGGGGCUAUUUACCUUUCAACAAGGGCCCCCGAAGGAUUUUGCUUUAUUGGAAGCGGGAUUUGCCAUCAUCCGGAUCAUUCAGUCGUAUCCUGAGUUUACAGUGCCGGCAGAUGAAAAAGAAUUUAAGCUUGGUGAUGAAGGACAGCACCUAACAUUGGUGGUAUAUCCUGAAAAGGGGUGUCGCAUAGUCUUACCACCACAAAGAUGAAUAAAUGCAUUAAAUUCUGACUACCCAUCACAUAAGUGGUAUAUUCGCAGCCAAGAGAAACGUCAUGCACAUCAUUGCCGAAUGGGUCACCACGUGCUUUCCA